CAGCAAUUAUGACCACUCCGCGAGUACGAGCCUCUCUGGCAUGUCAAAGCUGUCGCCGUCGCAAGGUGAAGUGCGACGCUCAGACAACCCAGGUCGCGAGCCAAUGCACCCCUUGCCGACAUUUGGGCGUUCCUUGCGUCGUGGAUCGCAACAGUGACCGCCGAAGACUGACUGCGCGUAAAAAAGUCGAAGUUCUAGAACAGCGCGUCCGAGGCCUCGAGGGACUGCUUCGUCAGUCUGCACAAAAUAACUCCCCCAAUGAGAACCCAUGCAUACGAGACGAGGGCCUGCUUGCCUCUCCGUCCGCGGUUGUGGCGCAGGAUAUUUCCUGGAGCCUAUUUCCGGAAUUCCAGACCACCUUGCCUGCUUUGGACUUCGCUGGUGCUGAUUACCUGCUGCCAUUCAAUAACCAGAAUAACGAUAUUCCCAACAGCGUGUGCCAACUGGAGCCGACUAUCAAUCCUCGGACACCACAAUCCAGUGAUUCGGAUACCUAUGUCGACCAAGGGAGCACGACACAUGGCCCAGGGGCGCUCGGCCCAACCUCUCAAUCGCAUUUGCGGCUGCUGAGUGCAAGGACAAAGGCGGGUUCCACGCAUCUAGAUGAGUUCGCGGAUUUGGGAAUAGUAGUCGACAUCAACUCUGCACAUCUCAAGAACCUUCUACUGGACGCUUUUUUCCGAUACCAGCCUCUAUGGGUUAGUGUGGUUGACGAGGAUAUUUUUCGGACCCACCAGAGUGCACAAGAACCAUCUAUGUGGUAUUCACCUUUUCUAGAAACCGUGAUGCUGGCCUGCGCCGCUCGUUUAAGCACAUCUAGUGCGGUUCAGCUGCUGGCCGAAGAAUAUUCCGCCCAGGCUAAACUGCUUAUCCCACAGGCCCUUAAGAACCCCUCGGCCGCGGCCAUGCAAGGAUUUUUACUUUUGAGUGAGUACGAAGCCACCCAGGGGCGCGAACGCGUUGGAUGGCAGCUCUGUGGCAUGGCUUGUCGUCUGCUUUCGGAUCUGGGUUUACAUCUGUUGCUGGACCCCCGCAAUGACCAGGAAAACGUUUCGAUUCGGCGAUCUCGACUCCACCUGUUAGGGGCAUGUAUUGCAUUUGAGGGUUCCUUCUGCAUGUACCUUGGCCGCCCAAGCUCAAUUCCGCGGUUCAUCAUCCGGAAAGCAGCAUUGAGCUGUGCGAAAUACCAGGAGCUCGCAACGCCGACAUUAUCUGCUUGGCUGGGCCUUUGUUACCCAAUGGCCGAGGCGUGUGAUAUUCUGAACAGCUCCAUGCUGCUUGACGAAGAUGAUAUAUACCAACUGCGGCGGCUGGAUACUCGUCUUCAAAGGUGGCGCCAGGCUUUACCUCCUGGCUUUCAGUGGGACGAUCAUAACGCUGCAAAUCUAGACCCAACGGCAUACGGUGUACAUAUGCAGUACUGCAAUGUACAGAUUCUCAUCCAGCAAGCACUCUUGAAAGUACAAGACCAGGAACCACUUGGACACAGCAGUACGGCGGUGCGGACCACCCACCAACGCAUUUACGAUUCCGCGAUCGAUAUAAUUCGUCUUCUCCUCACAUUUCGCCAUGUGCAUGGUGCCGAGAAGGUCCCCGCUAUUAUGCUGGACAACAGUAACCUUGCUUUGGGAACCCUUAUCAACCACUACCUCCGCCACACCGACCCAAGCGGACACCGAGACCGGGAUGUUCAGUGGCUGAGACUAGCAAUCGCAAGCAUGGCCCACAUCAGGUCACAAUUUCCGAUCGUCGGCCGCAUGUUAGACUCAUGGAGAGAAGUUGUCAAAUACUCGGCACUCGUAUCGCUAUUUCCAACAAUGGAAGGCAACGCUGACGGAGCCUCGAUCCAGUCUGAGCAGGCGAUAGUGCAUUCAGGGGAAAGGGAUCAAACGGGAGAAGCUUCCUCGUUUGAAUCCACCGGCUGCCCACCACGAUGUGAGGAUAAUGGCCUAGGACCGGUGUCUAGUAAUCUUCCUGUUGAGUCGACGGCGGUUCUAUCGCCGCGAAAGUACUCGGAUGAUCUGACGUCCAUUUUGUGCUGGCUAAGCCCGCAGGCGACAGUAGCCGACCCUCUUUAACACCCGGUGCACUCCCUGGUGCAUCUUGUGUGCCUUUGAUAUCUGUUCUCUCGGUAAAAGCCUGCUACCAUAAGGCACAAAUCCGGUGCAAAUUUGCUGAGUGCGUGGUAAGGAUAUGCACGUGGCUUGUACUCCAUUCAGUGAACAAGCCGGCUCUUGACAGGCUCAGACAGGCUCAAUAUAGUUUGUCACAACUUACCAAAACGGUGUCGUCCCGUUCAUCAUGGUCGCUGGGCCUACUCGCUAUCACGCGUGUCGAUUCGGUAACUUCGACGAAGAACCACCCUCGACGAGGAAUGCCUAAUCCAUGCGAACUCUAGGACAAGAGCGUUAAAUGUCUAUAAGGGCUCAUGUAAGACUUUACGGCUUUAUUCCCUGCACGUCGUGUACUUUCCUAGCAAUCCAAGAUGUACAAUAAGCCUUUACAUACAUAUAUUUAUAAAGGAAUGCCCACUGUAAAC